AGUAACACCAAAAAGAUUACUUAUUGUGAAGACAAAUGGUCUCUGUCUGUUUUUUACUUAGUUUGUUUAUCUUGAAAAAGUUGGAGCAUUUACUAAACGUAUAAAGGAUAACUUGAUCCUUCAAUACAGUGUCAAAUAUACAGACCUGUGAUAUAGACACAGACAAAAGAGAAUUUACUCGUGAAGGCAAAAACAAAAAGUGUGUUAAACCCUCCGGUGCAGUAGAUGGAGGCAGCACUUAAAACUUUAUUUGUAGUCUGCCAGUAAAACCAACGAAGAAGAAGAAACACCCGCGUUGUUUGUAACAAAGUACGCUCUGUAAAUAACAUUUAGCCAACGGUAACUUUGACGAUUGUGUACGACACCAAUUCAUGUUUGAUAUUGUAUGGUUAAGUAUUUGUGGUAAAUAUACCCUUCCAUGUAUCAGACAUUACUUAUUUAUCUGCGUCAGGUCAAAUAUUAGACAUUGAUGCUAAUAAGGGGAAGAAGAACUAAGUUAGCCAACAAGCUAACAUGACAUACUUCGGUAACUAGUUGGCAUACAUGUCUACAAUGGAAGAUAACUCGUCUUGUUCCUCGGCUGGUACUGCACUUUCUCAGGCGUCUAUCCUCCAGAGGACGUUUGAGCGGCUGUCCUCCACACAGUGUCUGAAAGUGAGCACCGAGGCUCCGGUCGCUGUCAUCGCGCUGCAGCGGUACUUAUCCGAGCAACCAGAGGGGCAGUCCAACAGCUACAGCUACGACGUGACGGUCACUGACGGACUGUGGCGAGCCAAAUGCUUUGUCCACCCUGGUUUAAAUCACCUGGUGCACACCAACACCCUGAGGACUGGGACUGACGUAAGCAUCACGCAGUGCUCGUUUGUUUACAACGAGAGGAGACUGGGACACGGUUACAUUUGUAUUGAAAAGCUCCGAUGUGGAGGUGAGAGGUCUGCACUCCUUCCCCGCAUACAGGACGUCGCUUCACUGCCGAUGAUGGUUAAACAUGGCAUGGAGAGGAGUGUGGUGCUGCAAAGUGAUGUUCCCCUCCAGGUGAACCGCAAACAUUACCUGUCUCUGUGGAACAACGAGGACCCCGAGGGAGACAUCUGGACCUCCGGGUCUCUCUCAUCGGACACAGUGCUGGAUGUUUCCAAGAUUAGUCUUCUCAGUAGUCUGGAGUCAUGCUUUAGAAACACAUGGAAACCUCUGCCUCUCCUAGUGAAGAUCAUACACAAAUCCAGAGUAAGGUACUAUGGCAAGUUUGGGCUCAAGAUUGAUUUCCCCUUCCAGGCAUACUUUGAAGUUGCUGACCAGAGUGGCACGAUGUCCCUCGUGCUUUGGAAUGAGCUUUGUCCAGAGUUUUACCAGAGACUGAGCGUAGGCACUGUGUUGUACAUCCAAAACUACUCCUUAAAGCAGAGUUAUUCAAACCGCUCUCACCCGCAAAUGGACCAUCACCGAAUUAAGACCUUUCACUCUGUAGAAAUCUGUCUGAACGCUCGUAACCCAACUUCAGUCAUCACUGUGGUCUCACCAAAGAGCGUGCUGCCUCAGUGGGGAUUACCGGAGGUUUCCUACCAGUUCAUCACCAGAUCAGAGUUGGAUGAAUUAUCCAACAAUUCUGCAUGUGAUGUCAUCGGUUUGGUGACAUUUGUUGGUCGUGUUGAAAGAGUCAAGAGCAAAGGGAACAAGGGGCCAGAAAAAUACUGGACAUAUCGCUGGAUCCAUGCGGUGGACGGAUCAUCUGACCGUCCUUUUAUCCUGGAGGUUUUUUCCUCUUCCCAACCGGAAGUCUUCAGUAGUAUAAGUCCAAUGACCUACCUGGUGUGCACUCAGAUGAGAGUUUGCCGAGUGGAAGGCUCGUUGCCCUACCUCACAAGCAGCUUUGAGACCGAGACGUUCAUCACAGGCUACCACAAAGGUCAGCCAUAUGUGAGUGACCCCAGGGUGAAGAGCUUCAUCCAGUGGACCAAAACUCUGAAGGACAACGUUGUCCUCCAGAAGACUGCUGUCGGAGGACAUUACUGCUACCCUCGUCCCCCGCAGAAAUUUACCCAGUCCAUGGCAGAUGCCUCAGCUCAAGUUCCUCUGGUUGCUGUGGCCGACUUGAAGGAGGAGAUGGAGACCCUCCAAUAUAGGGAGCGUAAGAAAGUUGCAAUUCAAGGACAGAUCGCGGCAGUCCGAUACAUGAAGAACCCAAAGUCCACCGAGUCUAAAAGAACAGACGAGAGAGAACAGGGGCCAGAUGUUGCUCCUGAUGUGUGUGAACCAAACACACUGGACCAUCCCUCAGCAGCUCAGCAGACUACGGCUACCAGUUCGACGGCUGAGAAAAACUCAGUCAAAGAGAUCAAAAGAAGAAUUCAAACAAGGAAAGUCAUGCGGUCCUACUUGAAUCUUCGUAGCAUGACAGCAAAAAGGAGACAUGCAGACACAGAGGAAGGAAAAGAGCAGGAAGAGGAAGAGAGCGACUCUGUAUCUGAAGAUGCUCCGAUUGUCACAGAUAGCCAGCAGAAUCAAGACUCUGAUGUGAUAUCUUGGGAAAGCAGCAGUUGGCUGAAGCAGAAACAGGAAGUGUCUGAACACCUGUGUGAAGGAGGUCUGCACCAGGACAGCCUGUCUCAGAGGUUCACGUUUGACGAAAAGCACGUCCUCCUGCAGCGGAGCAACCUUCAGCCAACGCACUGGACACCAGAGCAGACUGCCGACACCCCCGCUCCUGUGGUCUGUCCUGGGUACUAUCAAGUUACAAUAUUAGGCAUAAACAAACAGAUGGCCGUUGAUGCUGCAUUUCUUCCUAUUGUGAGCUCAGAUGAGCCCAGGGCUAUCGCUCUCCCUCAGGAUCCCCAUGGCAACACGAUGCUGUCCUGCCUCUCGUCAGGCUUCCUCUGUCCGCUCAGCGACACCGCCAGCCCUGGCCAAUCAAAGCUUCCUAAGCCAGGUAUUCACCGUAAAUACAAAAGGGGGAGGUGUUGGGGACUGCUGGUGAGCUGGAGGACAUGCACCUCGUUUGCAUCCUGGACCUUUGCCAUCUGGGUGAAGACAAAGUGGAGGUCCUGAUCAGCAAGGUGUACAGAGGGACGGAUGUUUCCCUGGACUAAGCGUACGGCUCUGAUCUAGUAAUUAUAUUCAGCUUACAGAAAUCGCGUCAUUAAAAAGUUAUUUUUGAUAGAAAGAUACAAUGUUGUAUACCAAACCUUAAUUUGAUAUUGUAAAUACUCUUGCUUUUUAAACAGCAAAACAUGUUUAUGCAAUCAAUUAAAAAGUUGACAUGCAUAAGUUGCAUUUUUCCUACCAUCAACAUUCAUCUUUGUAUUUGACAGAUUGCUCAGGCGAUAAUAAGGUGUCGGCUUACGACACACUGCAAAUUUUAACACUAGCGCAUCGUCACUGUAGAGAUUUGAGAAGCGAGUGGUAUUUUUGGAUGGCUGACAUUAAAUGAAUCACUGUGAAAAUCUCCGGGAGGUGUGACAGUGGCUCAUAUGGACGGCCCUCUGCUGCGUGAGAGGGGUGUUAAAAACGUGUUGCACAAUAUUCUAUCCGAGUGUUUUGCAUAGAUGAAUACUAGCUUGAUUUACUGAUUGUAAAAUAGACCUUUCUGCAUCGAGAACACAAAGUGAAGGAACAGUAGUGUACAUGAUUCCUCUUCUAUGCAAACAGUUUAAUAGAACAACAAUACAUAUGUUUAAAAAUAUUUAUUUUCAAAUAUUUCACAAUAUCCAGGUUGAUUUAUAAAUAAUUCAAUAUAACAUCAUUAAUAUCGAGAUAUCUUAGAAUGUAAACUCAAUUCAUUAAUUUCUUUUAAAACAAUGUUAGAUAUUUUUAAAGCUUAUUUUGAUGGUUAAUACAGAAAGAAAACAAGCCGUACAACUGUGCAACACCUCCUCUAAUAAGACACUUCAUUAUCUGUUACAAAAUGACUCAUUUUAAAUCAUGGAACAUACGUAUUUAAUCUAUGAGGCAUAUAAAAUAUACAAUUAUUUAUAUAUAUAUAUAUAUAUAUAUAAUUUAAACGUUCUUUCUUUUUUACAUUCUACUAUACAACAUUAGAUGUUUGUUUCUGCAUUGAAACUGCAGAAAGGGCUGUGCACUGUGUCGGUUUGUUCAUGUUCGGGCAAAUCUUACACAGAAAGCAAUAAUCGCCCACACUUAGAAGUGUCAGUCACUAUUAGUGAGUGAUUCAAAUCACAUUCCUUCAAAAACAAUCACACUCGAUGACAAACCCCAUGAAAAAGAAAGCACUCGAGUUGAACAGCAGAAAAGGUGCUGUCAGGGAGAGGAACAGUACCAACAGCAGAGCAUUAUUACAAUAACACCUGUGAAGCAAAACACUCUCAAAAAAACCUCCAAACGGGAUGGAGACUGGGUGAAUUGUCCAAAGCAGAAGUAACUGAACCCACAUCUGAAGCCCAAUGCAUGAACUGUCUUCUGAUUGGAUCAAAGUGGAGAUUACUGGGCGGCGCUUCCAUCAACCGUCUCAAAGCAGAUAACUGUCAGACGAUUUUGAGACAAACAUUAUCUGAGAUCUUCUCUGAAUGCUGAUGGAAAACAACCUCAAGGAGAAGUGUUACUGCAAUAACUGAAAGGUUAAAGGUUACUGAUAAAGGGAAAGGAGUGUCUUCUUCCAGAGAAUGAAAAACAUGUUUUAGUCAUCCAUAGAAGUUGCUGGCUGAGUUUAAAUCAAAUACUCUCAUAACUUCUGCCAUACCAAAUGUGGGUGUAAAUUCCUCAAGAGACUUCCCUCAGCUGUACAAAAGAAGGAGUUUGAUGAUGUACAAUUGCACUUUUUCUUAAAAGCCAUUAGAUAGAAAUCUGUCACUGAAACUGAAAGCACGCUCAAUAAAUGUGCAGGUUUAAACUCGGUUAUUUUGGCUGAACUACCCUCUAAAGACCACAAGGCUGCACCCUGAUCCCACAGUGUCUGAUAUUCUGUUUGCCGAGGACAGAAAGACGCUUUAUCUAAUCUUAUUUCAUGGUCACGCUGAACAUAUGUUUCCCACUGCACAUAUCUGAUAGCUUCAAGAGCUGUGACGGAAUGUUAGAAAAUAAAAAAAAUACUUCCAUAUAAUUAUCAUGGUACAAUGGCUUAUUAAACACCUGUAUAUAUACACACUCCUGUAUAAAUUAACAUUCUUCUUUUUCAAAUUGACAUUGCACAUAGUGUAGUGUAAAUGGGCACAGGGGUUCUGUUGAGUCCAGCAGCGCCGGGCCUGCAAGGGAUCUGAUGACGCAGCCAGCUUAAACGUGUGGCGAGGGCAAACUGCUGUAUUAAACACUUUUUAUAAUGUGUAGCACAAGUUCCACAGGAAUCACUGAGUCAUUAGAAACAGUUUUUCCUGAUUUAAAGAUAGAUUUUUAAAUGUAAACGACGAAAUCUGCGAUGAAUCAGGUUCUUUAGUCCGGUUUCUCCCUUGACAUCUCGCCAUUAUUGCAGCGCUCUGAAAUGACCGUUAUCUUUCUCUUUCUAUUCAAAAUGACCAUGUGCCAGUUCAAUGUCAUGUUUUUGUUACUGCUGCAUCUGUAUGACACAAUUAUAAUGCAUUGGAGGUUUCUACUUUUAUGAGGAAAUAAAUCUGCUCGCAGUA